UGCAGCGGCCUCCAUUUUGUCGGCAUAAGCAGUAGGAGGUUGGUCCUAGACGGAGUGGUGAUCCGUGACUUGUUCGUGGGCUGUUUGAUCCGUGCAUCGUUUCUCCCUGGAGAGGGAAGGAAGCUUGGAGGUUGAGAGGGAGCCGCCGCCGCCGCCCGAACUCGAAGUCGCUAGGACUUCUCUCAAACUUGUGUGCUGAGGAGACUCGAUGUGGGCCUCAGCUCCUAGGCUGAAAUCAGCAGAUUGGCUCAUGAAAACUUGUGUACUGAGACAAAGGAAAGGAUCUAGCAGAAAGCAGCGUCUCUUAUCCUGGGCUUGGCAGCAAGGAAGAGGACAAGUAGUGGAAAUCCUGCAAUCUGAAAAGCAGACUGAAAGGUGACAAAGCAGCUGAAGAUGGGUGGCGGAGAGAGGUAUAACAUUCCAGACCCUCAAUCUAGAAAUGCUAGUAAGAACCAACAACAGCACAAUAGACAGAAGACCAAGGAUCAGAAUUCCCAGAUGAAGAUUGUCCAUAAGAAAAAGGAAAGAGGACAUGGGUACAAUCCAUCGGCAGCAGCAUGGCAGGCCAUGCAAAAUGGGGGAAAACCCAAGAGCCUUUCUAACAGCUCCAACUGGAAUGCUAGCUUAUCAAGUCCUAGCUUGCUGUUUAAGUCUCAAGCUAGUCAGAACUAUGCUGGAGCCAAAUUUAGUGAACCACCAUCACCAAGUGUUCUCCCCAAGCCACCAAGCCAUUGGGUUCAUGUUUCCUUGAACCCUUCAGAUAAGGAAACAAUGACAUUUCAACUUAAAACCUUACUUAAAGUACAGGUAUAAAGUUAGAUAAGUACUAAUUUUAAAUUUUGUGAUGUUUACACAUAGCCAAAAGUAGGUUUGAUAUUUUGUGAGAAGCUGAUACUAUGUUAUGUAUACACUAUAUUGUUAUAGUGUCAAUGCAAUUUAAACAGUUUCAAUGGCUAUAAUCAAUUCUACUUGGUAGUGUUGCUAACUAAAUUCAAGUUUAGAGGAACUUAACUUUUUUAUUGUUUGAUGGGAAAACUAAGAUUUAUGGGUUAAUGCACAUUUUCUCAAGAAAUUACACAAGAAAUGAGAUGAAAUUUAGCCAAGAUGCACAGUUCAGUUCCAUGGUCUAGGGUCACCCAAACUAUCUCGGGCAUUAAAUAGCUGCUUAAGUUCCACAGUGGUAAAUGUGUAAAGGGCAGGUGGAGCUCAUUAGAAUGAGGCCAAGUACAUGGCCCAGCGGUCAUUUCUUAAAUGCAGUGGAUAAGCAUUUACCCAGAGAUAGACCAAAUCUUUUCCAAAAAUAGUGCUGAAUAGCUUCCUAAGAACAUUUUCCUAUGCAGCAGCAUCUCAUGGAAGCUGCUAAAGUGAUGUGGCUUCACCUGUACAAAGCUUGCUUCAAGUAGGGAGUUGUGUUCAACAUUUAGCCAUGUAAAUACAUGUAAUAAGCUUGUAACAUAUGUAAUGUUUUCUUGGCCUUUAUUCUUCAAAAUAAGACUAUUUUUAAUGUGAAUUUGCCGAAUGUAAGACCAUGAACUGUCUUUUUAAUCUUAUGGCCUAAUUUUAAAGGUCUCCAGUUUUUAAAAGGUUGCCCUUGUGCUUAAGUGCCAGUGAAUCAAUGUAACUGUAUGCUUGUGAACUAUACAAAGAAAAUCUGUUGUAUUAAGUUUUUAUAGUUGAGCUACAAAGACAUUUCCUGUUUUUUGUUUUUGUUUUUAAAGCGAUAGAAGAUGUAGUACAAGACUUUGUCUCCAACCUUUUUAAACCCAAAGACACAUUUUGGCUUUAUCAAUCCUAAGUAACCCCUGAUUAUGUGCAACCCUUCAUUUAUGCAAAAAGAAAAGUCUCAUGUGAUUAUACCAAAUUACUUUUUCAAUCUUUAUGAACAAAAAGAGCUAAAUUUUGUUUUCUCAAUUAAGUUCAGAGCAGACAUCGUCCAGAUCAAACAUUGAGUAUCCAUCCUAAGGGACAAGUUCAUAAAAUUAUGUGACUUUGAAAGAUGAAAUUUAUAAAUAAACCUUUUCUCCUUAGAACGUU